GUGGCGUGGCAGGGUUCACUUGCGGGCUGCGUGGGGCUCCCCGAACCCGAGAAAGCGGAUUUGGGGGCCGGGACGACCCGGGUGGGAGAUGGCGGCACGAUGGAGCAGCGAGAACGUGGUGGUGGAGUUCCGCGACUCCCAGGCAACGGCAAUGUCUGUGGACUGUCUCGGGCAGCAUGCAGUGCUUUCUGGCCGCCGGUUCCUAUACAUCGUUAAUCUAGAUGCCCCUUUCGAAGGUCACCGAAAGAUCUCUCGCCAGAGCAAGUGGGACAUUGGCGCUGUGCAGUGGAAUCCUCAUGACAGCUUUGCACACUACUUCGCAGCUUCGAGUAACCAACGGGUCGACCUCUAUAAGUGGAAAGACGGCUGUGGGGAAGUUGGCACAACCUUACAGGGCCAUACUCGUGUAAUCAGCGACUUGGACUGGGCAGUGUUUGAACCGGAUCUCCUCGUGACCAGCUCUGUGGACACCUACAUCUACAUUUGGGAUAUCAAAGACACAAGGAAGCCUACCAUUGCACUGUCUGCUGUAGCGGGUGCCUCACAGGUCAAAUGGAAUAAAAAAAAUGCUAAUUGCCUUGCCACCAGCCACGACGGGGAUGUACGGAUAUGGGACAAGCGGAAACCUAGUACAGCAGUGGAAUAUCUAGCAGCCCAUCUGUCCAAAAUCCACGGCCUGGACUGGCACCCAGACAGCGAGCACAUUCUUGCUACCUCCAGUCAAGAUAAUUCUGUCAAGUUCUGGGAUUACCGCCAGCCUCGGAAAUACCUCAAUAUUCUCCCUUGCCAGGUGCCUGUCUGGAAGGCCAGAUACACUCCGUUCAGCAAUGGAUUAGUCACUGUGAUGGUCCCCCAGCUGCGGAGGGAGAAUAGUCUCCUCUUGUGGAACGUCUUUGACUUGAACACCCCUGUCCAUACCUUUGUGGGGCACGAUGACGUGGUGCUGGAGUUCCAGUGGAGGAAGCAGAAGGAAGGGUCCAAGGACUACCAACUGGUUACGUGGUCACGGGACCAGACCUUGAGAAUGUGGCGGGUGGAUUCCCAGAUGCAGAGGCUUUGUGCAAAUGACAUAUUAGAUGGUGUUGAUGAGUUCAUUGAGAGCAUUUCUCUUCUGCCGGAACCAGAGAAGACCCUUCACACGCAGGACACAGAUCACCAGCACAGCUUAAGCCAUGGAGAGGAAGAAGUCUUAAAGGAAGAUCCCCCAAGCAGUCUCCUGGAAGAGAAGAAAUCAGAUCAACCGGGACUGCCUCAGACUCUGCAGCAGGAGUUCUCCCUGAUCAAUGUGCAGAUCCGGAAUGUCAACGUGGAGAUGGACGCAGCGGAUAGGAGUUGCACAGUGUCUGUGCACUGUAGCAACCAUCGUGUCAAGAUGCUGGUGAAGUUCCCGGCACAGUAUCCAAACAAUGCCGCCCCUUCCUUCCAGUUUAUCAACCCCACGACCAUCACGUCCACGAUGAAAGCGAAGCUGCUAAAGAUCCUGAAAGACACUUCCCUGCAAAAAGUGAAACGCAACCAGAGUUGUUUGGAGCCCUGCCUGCGCCAGCUUGUCUCCUGUCUGGAGUCUUUCGUGAAUCAAGAAGACAGUGCCUCCAGCAACCCCUUUGCGCUCCCAAACUCCGUCACCCCACCCUUGCCCACGUUUGCCCGGGUGACCACCGCCUAUGGGUCAUACCAGGAUGCCAAUAUUCCCUUUCCUAGGACCUCGGGAGCCAGGUUCUGUGGAGCAGGGUAUCUGGUGUAUUUCACAAGGCCCAUGACGAUGCAUCGAGCAGUGUCCCCAACAGAACCUACUCCGAGGUCUCUCUCGGCCUUGUCUGCUUAUCAUACUGGUUUGAUUGCGCCAAUGAAGAUCCGCACAGAGGCCCCUGGGAACCUUCGUUUAUACAGUGGGAGCCCCACUCGCAGUGACAAAGAGCAGGUCUCCGUCAGCUCCUUCUACUACAAGGAGCGGAAAUCAAGGAGAUGGAAAAGCAAGCGCGAGGGAUCGGACUCUGGCAACCGACCAAUCAAGGCUGCUGGGAAAGUUGUCAUCCAGGAUAUUGCGUGCCUCCUUCCUGUUCACAAGUCACUGGGAGAGCUGUACAUAUUAAAUGUAAAUGAUAUUCAAGAAACGUGUCAGAAGAACGCCACUUCUGCCUUGCUUGUUGGAAGGAAGGAUCUUGUCCAGGAGUUUGAGCUCCUGCGAUGGUUGGCUCAUUACUGCCAGCUCCGGGAUGUGCAGACGCUGGCCAUGCUCUGCAGUGUAUUCGAAGCCCAGUCCCGGCCUCAGGGGAUACCAAACCCUUUUGGGCCUUUUCCCAGUCGUUCUUCUAAUCUGGUGGUGUCCCAUAGUCGAUAUCCCAGCUUCACCUCCUCUGGUUCCUGCUCGAGCAUGUCAGACCCAGGGCUCAACACUGGUGGCUGGAACAUAGCGGGGAGAGAGAUAGAACACAUAUCUUCACCUUGGGGAGAGUCUUCACCAGAAGAAAUCCGCUUCGGGAGUCUGACCUACAGUGAUCCUCGUGAGCGAGAGCGUGACCAGCAUGAUAAAAACAAAAGGCUCCUGGAUCCUGCUAAUACCCAGCAGUUUGAUGACUUUAAGAAAUGCUAUGGAGAAAUCCUCUAUCGCUGGGGUCUGAGAGAGAAGCGAGCGGAAGUGCUGAAGUUUGUCUCCUGUCCCCCUGACCCUCACAAAGGGAUCGAGUUCGGCGUGUACUGCAGCCACUGCCGGAGCGAGGUCCGCGGCACGCAGUGCACCAUCUGCAAGGGCUUCACGUUCCAGUGUGCCAUCUGCCACGUGGCAGUUCGGGGAUCGUCCAAUUUCUGCCUGACCUGCGGGCACGGGGGACACACCAGCCACAUGAUGGAGUGGUUCCGGACCCAGGAGGUGUGUCCCACCGGGUGUGGGUGUCACUGCCUGCUUGAAAGCACUUUCUGAACUCACAGACCGUGGGAAUUGUCGGACAUCCCAGAGGACCCCAUGAGUGCCGGCGACAAGCUCUCUGCCAGGAGCGAGGCUGAGCACCCAUUCCUCCCUAGACGGGGGUGUGCCCCUCCCGGACCGCGCAGCACCACUGCGGGAGUCUGGCCCUCUCUUCCGUUUGGCCGCUGGUGGCAUGGAUGUUGCUCGAGGUGGGUGAGGGCAGGCGUGCAGAGCUGUGUGGCCAAGAGGAAGUUUUCUGGGAGACAAGCACCUGCCUCCAGAGCCGUGUUGACUUUUAAGGUGUUAGCCUUAACCCCCGGGCAGCGUCCUUUCUGAUGCCUUCACAGAGCCAAGGUCAGACGCAAGGGACAGUCUUUUGAGCCAAAGGACAGUGGGCAGGAAUUUAGUUGGCAAUGACCUCUGACAUAGUGGGUACAUUUCAUGAACUGGUGGGUAGUGGUUUAAAAUAUAAUACUUAAAUUAUGAAUAUAUGAUGUACUUAAGGAUUCCUAAGAUGUAUUUUUUGUUUGUUAUUUCUCUUCCAGUUGCUUCCCGUGGCUAAUAAAAUUCUAGUAAUUGUUUCAAAAAAAGAGACAGAGAAAGUUGAA